AUGUCGGCUAUGGAAGCGACAUGUUCAAAGAAACUUUGGCAAAUCGUUUCUGUGUUGAAAUGCCGCAAUUCGAGUGUCACCCAUCUCCACGUAUAUGGAACGACUGCUGGCCCAAGAGAUGAAGUGAUGCAGAAAGUUAUUGAAGAAGUGAAGGAGAAUGAUGAAGUUAUGGUUCUACGUGUAAACUGUUACGUUAAUCACAGAUCUCACAAGUUAUUUUGCCAAGGUCUAUAUAAUUUGCUGCCACAUUCAAAAUCUGGAAGAAAGGUCGAAAAUCUGGAAAGUGUGUUUGAGGAGUGCAAAGCAGAAUUGGAAUAUGUGAAGUCGGUUGUUAUAGUUGUCAUUCUGAAUAAUGCCGAAAUGUUGCUUAAUUUUCCACCGAGCUUCUUGCAGGCACUCUUUUCCAUUCCUAAAAAGUAUGGUGGCACAAUCAAGGUAGUGUCAGUUGCUCGACUACCAUGGACACGGUUUGAAAUUACCGAGCAUAUAUCAUCACCUGUGCAGUUCGCUUUUGAAGCACUGUCGAAAGGUGAGGUUCAGGAGGCGCUGUCCACACGGCUCAAUUUUGACAACAAUUUUGUUCGUUGUAUGCUGGAUAUGGUUUAUUCUGUGUGUCGUGACCUGAACCAAUUGUCUUACAUCAUUGAAAAACUGUGGGACACAGGAACCAAUGACGAGAACUGGGCGAAUAGUGCAGCAUCAAAUAAACUGAAAACGUGCUACACAUCAGGAGGACAAAAUAGAACGGAUGAUUUGUUCUAUCGCAGUGAGAAAAAACCUGUGGAUGAUGGACAAACAUUUUGUCUGUCGACAAGUGCGAAAUAUUUACUUAUUGCAGCUUAUUGUGCAAGUUAUAAUCCUCCCAGCAGUGAUCGCCGCUUUUUUACUAAGAAUCACGGGAAACAGCGGCGUCGUGCACAAAUAACAAAGGGAUUUCGGAACAACUUGGAAUCAGCUCAUGAAACUGGUCCGAAACCAUUUCCUGUGCAAAGAUUGCUUUUCAUCUAUCUUGCAAUGCUUGAGAAGCAUGAUAUGAGAAACCAUUGCACUGCUGAUAUCCAUGCACAGGUUGCGGAGCUCUGUGCGAUGGGCUUUUUAAAUCGGGUUUCCGCUGACGGAAAUCUUGAUACUCCGAAAUAUCGCUGCAUUGCAACUUUUGAAUUUUCGGAACAGUUGGCCAAGACAAUGGGCAUCGAAAUCCGUAACUUCCUUAUUGAUUUUUCAUCAUAA